GUGAGCUGCGGGCGGAGGUGGACGGUGUCCCGCUCCACCACCUGGUGUCUGCAGACUCCUCCCCUUUCUGCUCGCCUCGGACGCCGCAGUGCUGCGACCCGACCUUCGACAGGAACCGGGACGUUCUCAGACGCGUGUCGGCUCCGGAUGCUGCAGCAGCCGUCCCGGAGAAGGACCGGUCCUGCCUCUUCAUCCUGAACCCCAGCUGCCCCGCCGGGUCAGGCCGCCCCACAGCCCAGGUCCUCCCCGUCCAGACGGACCCGGCUCCUCCUCUUCCUCCCUCCUGCCCCUCCCUCCCUCCGUUCGGCCCGCCGCAGACGUCCUUCCACCCUCAGCCGGUCUCGAACCCGGCGCGGAUCCUGGCCUCGCCCCGGAAGCCGCGGCCCAUCCCGCCGUGCGCCGACGACCGGACUGCUCUGCUGGGCGGGGUUUCUGUGGGAGGCGGCUUUGGUUCGGGUCCUGGGGUGGGGGUGGCGGCGAGGCUGGAGGGCCAGUUCACAGGACGGCCCGUGGACGGCUCCUCCGGGCAGCAGGAGGCGGGGCUUUGCCGCAGUCGAGGAGGAGGGGGCGGGGCCACGGGUCUGAUGGUGGAGACGAGUUCUGCACUAACCUCCACCUCCAACAGCCUCCACCACGUCUCCCAGCCCCCCCUACUCUUCCACCUGUCCUCCUCUCCAACAGGAUACUACUCCUACCCCACCUCCUCCUCCUCCUGCACCUCCUCCAGGUCUGGCAGCUCUGGUGGUUACGUUUCCAUGGCAACGACCAGCACCACCGCAGUGCCCGGCAGUGCCUACUACCAGCCCGCCUCCAGCCCCGCCCCCUCGUCCUGCUCCGCCCCCUCCACGGAUCAGAGUUCUCCUCACAGCCCCUCCCUGUGCGUCUGCAGCUCCUGCGGUUGCCGUGGAAACUGCGGCGCCUACGGGGCGUUGCCCGGGUACGCUGCUGCCGCGGGCUACCUGCAGCCGUUCUCCGCCGGGCCGUCCCUCUUCACCCUCGGACCCCUCCUCCACCUCAGCCCCUUCGUGGCCCCGUCCAGCGCCGCCGGCCCCGGGGCCCCGCCUUUUCCCUACCCGAUGGUGGUGCCGCCGCCGCUCUACCGCCACAGCCCCACGCCGCUCGACCAGCAGCCGGCCUUCGGCUUCUACCAGCCGCACGGCUUCGCCGGCAGCCAGAAACGGGUGGCCACCAACGUGUCGUGUUGCAACUGCGGCGCCGGCGGACAUCGAGCCGAGGAGUGCAAACAGCCGCCGAUGGAUUCAACGCAGCAGGGUACGUUUCGGCUGAAGUACACGCCUCACGCUCAGAGUAAAGACUCGGGCGACUGACCGAUGGCGUCGGACACGUUCCUGCUGCGGAUCCUCUGUGAUUCAAACUUCAGAGACCUGAACUCUGCAGACGGACGUCGAGUCGUGUUACAGAUGCCGUUCAUUAACAGAAAAGUCUCAAAGCAGCUUCUCAACCAAACCAUCAAGUGUUUGUAUCCCUCUGUCUCAGCAGCCGACUGUUCCCUCUCUGCUCAUCAUGGUCUGGUUUUAUUUCAGCUGAGUCAGCUUCUGACUGCCACACUCAGGUGUCAUCAUGCUGUUUCCCAAAUAGAGACCGUUUUAGGAAAGGAGUGGGAAACUAGUGAGACGUUUCAGAUGAAUUUCACCAGCUGAGAGCCACAAGAACCUCUAUGAUCCUGGAAUUCUGAGGAAAAAGACGUUUUAUUAAUCGUUUCAGUCGGGGCGGUGAACAUUCAACCUGGUCUUCGAGUUAAAAAUCACAGUCUGUUUUAUAAUUAAUACUCUGAUAAAGUGGAGUCGUGCACUGAUUUGCAGCUCUUAUAAACCCAUAUUCAAAUCACAAUGAAACAGAGAAGAGAUAGAAAUAAACAUUUUGAGUAAAAAAAAAGAUGAUUUUGAUUUUGGAGGCAGAACAUGUCUAAAAAAAUCCAAGUUGUUCGAGGUUCUUUAACAACAGUCUGGUGUCCAGGAACUGAGACCGGUUCUGGAUGAUGUUCUAAAACCUGUAGAAACUUUUCAUUGAUGGAGUCUUUCCAGGUGUAUAAGCUGCCCAUGAUAGAAGCUCAAAUGCACCCCCAUACCAUCAGAGAGGCAGGCUUUUACCUCUGCUGAUAAAAGGCUGGAUUGUCUUUAGUUCAGAGGACGUGGUGUUUGUAGUUUCUAUAAAAAGAUUUUGUCUGAUGGGUUGGGCUGGAGGCUCCGCCCCUCGCAGAGACGGGCACCAGCUCCCCUCGACCCAGAACAGCUCUCCAUUUCAGUCUUCUCAGAACCUAAACACGUUUAAAAUGGACCGAAGUGUUUAUGUUUACAUGUGGCUUCUUCUUUGUAUGAUAGAGCUUUAAGCAGCUUUAGUGCCUGAAAAUACAUUUUAAAGAUGUUUUUUCUGCAUUCAAACUCAAAAUAACCUUAUUUCUACCAGGAAGUGGAACAGUUUAACAUUUAAUCUGUUUACUAUGAUCCACUGUGUUUAAAAUACAGGUUUAUAAGAUUUACAAAUCAUUUCUGAUUUUUGUUACAUUUUUAAAAUAAGGUUACAACUCAUGACAGAACAUCUGCAACACAUCAGUGCCUGUAGUUUUAAUAAGUUGAGUAUUUUGGGAGGUGUUUUAUAAUAUUUGGUAACACUCUGGGCUGCAGCCUCUCUACCUCUGAGCAACACGUUUACACCGAGGUGCCUGGACGGGUCAAAGUGCCAACGCUCUGUUUACACCUGCAGCUGCCUGCUUUUUGUGGCUUCCAGUCGUCCUGCAGGUUUUCACGAGAGUCAGAGGUGACAGGAAGUGGUUUAAUGUCUGAUGGUGGACCGGGUCUCUGGGCAGGACCCAGGACAGCUGGUCCGUCACGUAUCUGUUCCCCGGGAGGGCACGGUGCAGGAAAAGGAACGUUUUAUUUAAAAAGAACACGUUUAUGAUGUUUUUCAAACAAGUUCGUAAGGUUUGUAAUAUAUUUUAAAAAAACCAGAAACUCCUUUUACAGUUUUAAAAAGAAACUUUUUUUUUAAGAUUCUGGUUCGGGUUUGUUUUAUAUUUUAGACGUUAGAAUGACGUUGCUUCGUUUUUGCUCAAGUUCCUGUUUUUUUUUUUUCCAAGUAUUUGUGUGCAAAUGUUCAAAUAGUUUGUUUUUAUUUUCUAAAGCUUAUUGUUUCAGAACCUUUAAAGUUUUAUCUGACAUUUCAGGAAAACUCAUCGGAAUAAAAAAACUGUUUAGGCUCAGGAGAUCUGGUGGAUUUUUCUGGUUUUUACCUUUCAGACAAACAAAAACCUUGUUUUUAAUUUACAAAACGGGAUCAGAUUUAACCUCAGUGGUUUAGAUUUUUGUAAUUAAAGGUUUACUAAACUGCAGUUAUUUAAAGCAAAGUCUGAAUUCCUACUAAAAUAAGACAUGUUUACAUUCUCCCAAUGUUGCUUCAAAACAGAAAUUUCACAGUUUAUAUAACUUCUUGUUGCUGAAGGUUCAUUUAGGUGGAAAGAUUAAAAUGAGAACAAAAACAACUAUUUUUCCCUUUUUAUUGUUACCAAAAUACCAAGAUAAACAUGUGAAGGAGGCUGUGUGAUGUUGACUGGAGCAGGAGGCGGGGCAAGAAGCUCCGCCCCUCCGUAACAAAACAAGUCAACAACAAAAGACAUGUUUUAUAAUCAAAUAAAAUUACAUUUAAUAUUAAAAAAACAACAAUAAUACUUUGAUAUAAAGCAGCUAAACCUUGAGAUAAUUGGAGAGGACCAGGAUAACCAGACAGGAAGUGUGAAGCUCCGACGCUUAAAAAAAAACAACUAACAAAAUAAAAGACUCAAACCUGGCGCCUCAGGGGGAGUUAAAACUGAAAAUCUACUUGGUGUUGCUCAAACAUCUGCAGGUUUGUUCAGCAUUUAUACACUUCCUGUAAACUACAAUCAUCUGUUCCAGGAGCAGGAAGUUGUUUCAGGAAAGAUGCUUCAAGCUUGGGAGGGAAAAUAUAAAAAAAUAAAAUAAAAUAAAAA